GGAUGUGAAGCAACGGGAAAAGGAGGAUUGAGGUGGGGGUUGUUGGUGGCAGAAGGGUGGCAGAGAAUAGAGGGGCAGGAAAAGAAAAAGAAAAAAAAAAUGAGCUACAAGGGAGGGGGGUCCGAAGCUGGAGGGAAGAGGUUUUGAAGAAGUGACAAGAGAGGGAAGUGAAGCAGAGGGGGGUCUGAAGCUGGAGCGGAGGGAGUUUUGGAAGAAGUGACAAGAGAGGGAUUUUGUGGGAGGAGAGAAAGGGGCGUCUCAAGCUGAGUUGAGGAGAAGCUGCUACUGGAGAGAGGUAUUUCCAGGGUUCCCAAGUUCAGUUCUCCUCUUCUACCGCAUGCACAUACCCCAGGAGUCCAGCUUUGCCUCUUGGAUUAACUGCAGCAGUGGCUCUUAUGAUCGCUCAAGUUAUGAUUAAUAUUGCAACUGGGUGUAUUUGUUGCAGGAGAGGUCCCCAUCCUUCUAACUCUAAUUGGACAUUAGCACUAAUCUGCUUUGUCGUUUCUUGGUUCACAUUUGUCAUAGCAUUUCUUCUGUUGCUGACGGGCGCUGCCCUCAAUGACCAGCAUGGCGAAGAGAGCAUGUACUUUGGCAACUACUACUGCUACGUCGUGAAACCUGGAGUCUUUGCAGGAGCUGCUGUCUUGUCCCUCGCCAGCGUUACUCUGGGGAUCCUCUAUUAUCUCACCUUAUCAUCAGCAAAAGAGCGCAAUGAUCCAUGGCCUGGUCCUGUUGCUCCUAACCAAGCUCAAGUAGGUGGUGGUAUUGCAAUGGGACAACCCCAGUUCCCUCCCCAGAACCCACCCAACCAAGAUCCGGUUUUUGUACAUGAAGACACAUACAUGCGGCGACAGUUCACUUGACCAGAAGAUUCCUGGUUCAAUGUCGGUGUUCGCUUCUGUUGUAUCCUGGUAUGCUGCAGUGAAAAGCCCUGAAGAUCUCAUCACUGCACCAGCAUCUCUUCAUGGUGUCUGUCUGGCUUUGUUGGCAUGAGUAAGAACACCCCUUUUUUGAAACACCGCUCUCUUUAUUUUUUCCCAUUUUCAGUAGAGCUUCAAAGAUAUGCUAGAAAUUAUUCAUGUUGCUGUACAUAUUAUUAUGGAACAGAAUGUAUAUCUCUUGACUGGGAUGGAUAGAUGGAUGGAUUCUUACUAUUAUUUGAAUGCAAGGAGAAAUGCUUUUAUUCAUCA